AUGGCUACCGUGCAUCCUCAAACCAGUUUCCUCACUCUGCCUCCAGAAAUCCGGCUCUCGAUCUAUCGCCUCUUAUUUGAUGGUCAACUGCUGCGCAUCCGGUCUUCAGACAACCUACGGAUACGGAAGAACAAAUAUCUGCCACAUGAUGCGCGCCAUGACUUCGGGAUCCGGCGCGAUCGAAGCAAGGGUCUGAAUAUCAUGUUCGCAUGCAGACUGUGUCUGCAGGAGGCCCGACCAGUCCUGCUUGACACCGCUACAUUUGACUUCGCCUUGAUGACAAUUUCGCGCGGCGCAGGCACACUUCAAGGAUUCGCAACAAAUUGUCUAUCCAAAGUACGCUCAGCAAGAUGGAUACUUGAAUGGCACUUUGACAGGCCUUUAGAGAGUCGGAAUUUCUACGAGUCGGCCCACCGUUUCCUGCCAGGGCUGGUGAAGCUGGAAUUCAUAUCCACUGGUUAUCAUCGCUGCUGCGUCCACCGCGAGUGGAACUCAGAGUCGCGGUACACAGAAAUGACGUUCAAUGAACUGGAAGGCAGUGGAGCACUGCGAGCCUUGAAAGCUCUGGUGGCAUCGGACGUCCCCUUCGAUGAAGAACUUAACGCCAUGUUUCUGUAUGCGAAGAAGAAGGGCAGAAAUCGUGCGUCGUUGUGUGUGAUGUAUGAGGUCACGACAGCAGAUUCUGUCAGAGUAUCUUUGCUUGCCGAUCUCAUUUCCCGGUUCCUAUGGAUCAAGGAUGUGGACAAGAUAUGGGCGGAAUCCAGCGUAGUUUUUAUGCCGGAACAGUUUGUGGCUAAGUUGCUGAAGCUGUUGCGCGUGGACGAAGGACAAACAGACUGA